CUCUGUAGGAAGUAUUUUGAAACACACACACUCUACUGUAGAGCAGAGGUUAUGUUAACUGCAAGGUCUUCAUAGUUGACAGUGACCUUGUUUGGGGAAAAUGGCUGCUCUCACCUUGUUGCGAUCUUGCCGAGGCAAGGGCUGCCUUUUGUUAUUGAAGCCCAACACAUUAUCUACAUUAGGAAUGUCAGAUGUCAGCAGAAAGUCGCUGGCCUUUAGUUCCCCGGUCCUCGCCAUGUUCAAGGCUCAUCGAGGACCCUACACACCAGCUGAGAAACAAGGCUCAGGUCAUGUGAUGACAGCGGCCACUCACUGGUCAGUAGAGAGAGCUGUGACAGUAAGCUUGUUGGCCAUACUUCCAGCAGCUCUCUUUGUGCAAGGCCCAAUCAUGGAUUAUGCGCUGGCCACCUCUGUGGUUCUGCAUGGUUAUUGGGGCCUGCAUGGAGUCGCCACAGACUACGUUACAAAAUUUGUUCCCAGAAUAAACAUUCUCACCAACAUUGUUACAGUUCUUGCCCUGGGUGGACUCUACUACUUUAACUAUGCCGAUGUGGGUGUUUGUAAAGCCAUUGAGAUGGUCUGGUCCCUGUGAAAUGUGACGUCAUAUGGGACUGUUUCUAUGUUCAUGUUAUAGAGAGAAGAAAUAUUGGCCAGGCAAGGAUUCUUAAGACGGAAAAUGUCUGGGUGUUCCAGGUGAUCUGAUGGUUUACUGUUAAAACAGUAUGUGUUGGAAGAAAGCCUGUGGCAGGCUCAUAUGCAUGCUACAUGUAGCUUUACAGUAUAACUUACAUGAUGUAUCUAGGGAUUUUUUUAGCUGAAUUAAGUGAAUAUCAAAUUGUAUAAGGCAAUUUUGAAGUUCUCAGACUUUUCAGCAGUAUUGGAAAACAGAAAUUUAAAUUGUAUCUCUGUAAAGCUAACAUUUCAAGAAUGAAGAAUUGUAUAUUAGUAAUUAGCAGUUUCUGGAUAACCAUUUCUUUACAUGUUCUUGUUAUCCACUUGAAUGUAACAGCUGUGCUUAUUCCCACAUUAUGGUUCAUUGCUGUUCGAAUUCUGGAAGAGUUGGGUUAAUAAAUCUUUCAUGUACACUGAACGCAUAUGGUUUGGGAACCAUAAAUAAGCUCAUUGAAGAGACUAAUAUAUUUCAACAGUAUGAAAGAUCUAUUAAAGUCUGUCUAAAUCGU